AUGAGCUCACCAGUCGGUAGUAUCAUUGCCAGUCCCAGUCCACAGAACAACGACGAAGACGACGACGACGUUGAGUGGGAGCUUCAAAACAAUGGAUUGUAUAUUGGCUCAUACUCUCGAAUAGUCUUAUUGAAUGCUUUGGUUCCAACUUUCGCAAUAGUGAUUUUCACUGUGCUAGCAUUCCUCCCUGACUUGGCUUGGCCCAUAGCAGACUUCCCUUCUCCAUACCCAUCAUCUUUCCCCUUCCCAUUACCUCAAAUUCUCAUCUCCAGCGCAUUCUUCAGUCUCACUCAUCUCCUCCGCAUUCCCAUAUUCUCACUCACUUCCCUCCUACUCCCUUUACAAUAUGCAUCUUUUGCAAGCACAUUCAUACAUGUCCUCAUCACAAACGGCCUUCGUCUCGCAUCCCUCGUAAUUCUUCAAGUCAGACACACAAUGGACUAUCCCAUUCCUACUUGCCAGGACCCUGCUUUCCGCACUGUCUGGUGGCUUUCCCUCAACUUUGCAGAGGUGCUUGCUGCUAUUAUACAGGGAUACGAACAACUCGCUCUUUACCGCGAUCUCAUGGUCCCGGAGGGAAGAGAAACCGAGUUCCUCGAACGUAUAAAAUCCGGUUCUCUUGAUGAAUCUGAACCAACACUCGAAAAUCCGCAUUCCCCACAACAGGAACACGAGACAUUCCAAGACGCAUUAGAAGACGGAGAAACUCGAAGCGUGGAAUCACGCAUUGAUCGUGGGUUAGAAAAGUUGCUUGUGAUAAAGAUGAGAGAUGAACUCGAGGAAGUUUAUGGGCUUCCUGUCAUCAAAAUCCCAGUCUUCAUAUCCUGUCUCCAACGUUUCAACUCCAUCUUCCUCUCCAUAGGCUUCACCCUCCUCCUCAGCGCAGCAUACCUCCGCUCCCCACUCUCCCUCCCCCUCUCAGACGUAUCAAUGCAACUCUCGCAUAUCCCAUUCAUCAUAACCACCCCCCUCGUCCUCCUCCUUCACACGAGCCUUGCAGUGCUGCAUACACCAACCCUCCUGCCACGUGUAGGCGUGCAUACUGCUGCGUAUGUCGGUGUCUUGGUCGGCCUCAUGUCCUUUUUCGCGGGCUUGGCUGUUUGGGGGGCGUUGUCUUAG